UCCUCUUGGAAGCCCCCCCCCCCGUAUCCAUCAACAAGCAUAGCCAUGGCCGAAGCCAGCCCCAAGGCAGCCAAGCGACAGCCCACCCGGGUGUAUGCCGAUGGUUGCUUCGACCUCAUGCACUUUGGUCAUGCCAAUGCUCUCCGCCAAGCCAAGGCCCUCGGUGACAUCCUCGUCGUCGGCAUUCACAAUGACGAAGACAUUGAGAAGAACAAGGGUCCUCCAGUCUUGACCCAAGAAGAGCGUUACAAGCUUGUCAAAGCCGUCAAAUGGGUCGACGAAGUCGUCACUGACGCCCCAUACACCUUCAACCUCGACUUCCUGGAACAGAACAACUGUGACUUUGUCGUGCACGGUGAUGACAUUACCACCAACGCCGAUGGCGAAGAUGCCUACCACAUUGCCAAAAAGUCUGGUCGCUACAAAGAGUACCAGCGCACUCAAGGUGUCUCGACGACCGACAUUGUCGGCCGCAUGCUGCUGAUGACUCGCACCCACCACCAACAAGACGAUGGUGACGCCAAGCUCUCCACCAGCAAGCUCUCAGCCAGUGAUAGCCCCUACACUGGCACCUCCCAGCUGCUGGCCAACAGCAAGCGCAUUGUCCAAUUCUCCACUCAACGCGAACCCAAGGACACGGACGUCAUUGGCUACAUGCCCGGCGCCUUUGAUCUCUUGCACACGGGCCACGUGGCCGCUCUCGAGGCUGCCCGGCAACAGUGUGACUACCUGAUUGUCGGCCUUCACACCGAUCGCACCGUCAACCGCAACCACGGCUCCAACUACCCCAUCAUGAACCUCCAGGAGCGCACCCUCUCCAUCCUUGCUUGCCGUUACGUGGAUGACGUUGUUAUUGGUGCUCCUGAAGCCAUCACUGAGGAACUGCUCGACUACUUCAAGAUUACCAAAGUGUUCCAUGGCUCCACUGGCGUGCUCAAGCCCUCGGGCGCUGAUCCGUAUCAGGUUGCCAUUGACCGCGGCAUCUUUGUGCACGUGGAGAGCCACUCAGAUCUCACCACCGAGAUUAUUGUUGACCGUAUCAUCAAGAACCGCUUGAACUUUGCGCAACGCAAUGCAAAGAAGACGCAACGAGAGGUUGAUCGCAUCUUGCGCGGUGAAGUCUAAGCAUCUCUUUCUCCGCAAAAUCUUGAUACACCUGUCGCCGUCUCGUCUUGCCCCCUUUUCGAAUAAAUGUCGCUUGCCAGAACACUGAUUCAAAAUUGAUGUUUCCAGUUG